AUGUUUACAUGUAUGAGUCAUGAAAAAAUUUCGUGUCGCAAUUAUUUAAAAUUACAAGCAAAGGUUAUUGAACAUCAUGAACUGGAGUUUUUAGUCAGCAUAAUAAGUCCGGGAGAAAUUCAUUCGAACUUCACUGCGUUGAAAGUUGUAAUUCAAAGCAACAAGUUUCAGGGACCAAUUAAAAUUUCUUUUACAGCUUUCAUGAGCACAAAUGCUUUAUGCGUGCCUCGAGAAUUAAAUGUCAUUAAAGUGAAAAUUGACUUGGAAAAACGCUUAGUUCUUGAUCGUGAAAUUGUUAUUCUCACAAAAGAACAAGAUUCGUGUAAUGAAACUAAGAAUGUUAAAUUAAAGUUAAAAAGUGUUGCGUUGAUGUUGAUACAAAAAUAA